AUGAUUUCUAUGGCAAGUGCCGGGUCGGCGUUUAGACCCUACUACCGUCCUGACCUUGUUUCAGUACCGGACGUGCCCUUAAGAAAGUUGUAUUCUGAUCCGGAACCUGAAGCGUCGAGUCCUGGAGAGCAUGGCGCGAACAAAACACGGCGGAAGCGAACGACUUUCACCCAGCAUCAGGCGACAAUUUUGGAGAGGGAAUAUCUUUCUGAGCACUAUAUGAUACGCGAUAAGCGAGCGCAGCUGGCCGAGUCUUUGGGACUUUCAGAAGCGCAGGUGAAGACGUGGUUUCAGAACAGAAGGGCGAAAGACAAGAGAGAAAAGAAGUCGGACAGUCCUCAUAGAAGUCCAGCGGAAUCGUUGAACGUAUCUGUAAAAGAAGAACCAUCACUGGAUAUUUCUCAGUCAUCAUCGCUGCUAUCGCCUUCGCCGUCUACUAACGCUACACCGACGCCACCACCUCAACUGCAUCCCAUUCAUUCUCCGGUUAUACAAAAUCACCAGACUCUAUCAACUCUUUUAAAGCCGACCUCGUUGCCUGAUUACACAAAUUACCUCGCUCAUCUAGGACUAGCACCUAUUGACUCACUACCGCUUAUUCAUGGUGCUGCCGUGCAGAAAGCGGAUGCGUUCUGUGCGGAAGCGAUGGUAAAAGACAUUUACAAGAUUCCCCCUUCGAUUUAUGAUCAGACCUUCAGCUCAAUCUAUAAUCAAAUUCCCGUUAAUGCCAGUCCUAUGGCUGUCGUCCCUCCUGCUUACAUUCCUGAACCUCUUGCACCAGUUGAAAUGAGUGAUAACUCGGGUGCUGAGAGCACCGCACAACUUACAGCACUUUGA